AUGUCCGCUUCUAUUGAACCUUCCUGCGCGCCGCACCCCUUUGACCAUGUGAAGGCGGACGUCAUUUUACGGUCAUCUGACGACGUUGACUUCCGCGUAUUCAAGCUGUUCCUCUCUCUCGCAUCGCCAUUCUCUGAGACCCUCUUUGAUCUUCCCCAGCCGUCAGAGGAGAUGAGCACGGAUGCGGAGUUCAAGGACGGAUUACCCAUCAUCCCUGUCUCAGAAGACAGAAAGACCCUGGAUGGACUCCUCCACUUUUGUUACCCCUGCACUCUGUCAGAGGAUCCUGCCAUCGAGGAUUUCAGAGACAUCGUGAACGUACUCGAGGCGGCCAAGAAGUAUUCCCUCGAUGCAAUCGAGAAUACAGUAUGCAAAUCUCUGUUUAACCCGAAGAUAUUGGAGGCAAACUCGUUGCGCUGCUUCUCGAUCGCAUGCCGCGCUCGCAUGCAAAACGAGUGCGCUCUUGCCGCUAAACACUCCCUGCGGGAGCCUUCGGUUCCGAUGUGGUUCGAAGAGAUCGAAUUGAUUACCGCCAGCGAGCUGCUUUCGUUGUUGACGUAUCAUAAAAAAUGCGGCGACGCUAUUCAGACGUUGAAUGCGGACUACUCUUGGAUCACAGCCGAAUAUCGCCAAUGGAAUGCUGCCCCAUGGAUGGUUGGAUUGACUUCUGGUGGUAGCCACUGUGGAUGUACUAAAUCGACGUCGGGAAGAUCCACGCUAAAUGAGCAUGCAAUACAGACGGCUCGGCAACGCAAUUGUGGUUACUGUUCUCCUGCAGUUUCUGGAGGCAUGCGAGAAUUUGGGACCCUCUUUAUCAACGAAGUUGAAGAGUCAAUCUCACAGGUUGAACUGGAGUUGAGAUUCUGA